AUCAAUGAAUGAAAUCUCAACGGUCGCAUUUCAGAGCUCAAAACGAGAGAGAAUAACUCCCAACGGUCACAUUUCAAACCCCUUUUCAUCUCCAUUGACAAAACUUUCUAAACCAAUCUUCACUUCGAGAACCAAAAGGUACCACCCCACCACCAUUCUCUACAAACCUCAAUUCAAAUACCCACUCAGAUUGCGGCUGCUGUAAUAAUGGUGUGCUUUCUAGCUUGCUUCACUACUUCUAAUCGCCCAAAACACCAACACCCAGAUAAUGCAACUCCUUCCAAAUACCAAGCCCUUAAAACUACUGAAUCUCCUCAAGUCAUUGAACCACCAAAGCAUGAAAACGCUGGACAAGUCAUCGAGUUCAUAAGAGAAUCAAAAGAUGAGGUUGAGGAGGAAGUGAAUUGUUGUGCCAAGAAAAGGGUAACCUUUGAUUUGAAUGUCAAGGCCUGUGUGGAGCCAUCUAUCAAGGAAGGUAGCUGUGAUUUGGUGGAAUGCAAUGAGGAGAAGAAGAGUGGAAAUGAAGAAGGAAAGCCAAAAGAAAUGAAACCCAUUUUGGAUACUAUUGUAGGGUCUUAUAUUCCAAAUAAUAGGUACCAAAAUUGCAGAAAAAGUAUAGAUGAAUGUGAAGAUAUUGGAGGAGAAGAUAGCAAUGUGGAAGAAGAUGAAGAUAGUGAAGCUGACGGUAAAGGGUUAAUGCUGCAAGAGGAGUCUUCUGAAUCACUGUUUUCUUUAUCAAUAGAUUCUAGGAAACAAGUCUGUGAUGUUGAGAAGGGUGAAAAAGAGGUUAGUAGUCCAAUGACAGUGCCUAGUUUUCCUGAGGAGAAAGUAAAGGCAGUUGGGUCAAGUCAAAAUGGUGUAAAAAGGUCUCGGUUUGGUCAUUCCUCAGUGUUGAACUCGAUUGAAAAUCUCACUCAAUGGGAAGAGUUCAAAGAAGAGAGACUACCAAUAUCAUCACAUUCUCCACUUGUUAAGCAGCAUCAAGAGAAAGAGAAUAUUAUCAGUUCAGAGCCAAGUUUCAAGCUGGAAAGUCACAAUUCAAAACCCAAGUUCAGUGAAGUAAAAGCUGCAGAGCAAGAAGUUGGGGUGGACACCAGCCUAUCUAGCUGGUUGGUUGGAUCAGAAGCAGCACCCAAAUCCAAUGGUAGUAUUGGUCACUCUGCUGGGGACUCAGAAUCUGAGAAAGAAAACUCAUCUAGCAGUAUAAAACAGAGACGAGUUCUAGGAGAAUUGUCUGAAUUUUCUCCAUCUUUUUCUUCUUCAUCUUCAUCUUCAAGAAGCAAGAGUUGUGAAGCAACACCCAAAAUAGGUACUGUUGGGAGCUAUUGGAUUCAUACUGGUCAGAGUAUUAUAGAUUCAAGCUCUUCUUGCAAAGGAACUCCAUCUGUUUCAACAGAAAAGGAUCAAAUUGUAGGAUCACUAAAUAAGUCUACCCCAUUUGAGGCCAGAUUAGACACAGCUUUGGACUGCGUUGUGUAUUUUAAUUUCGAAGAUUUCUGAUGGAUCACUCUGAGUUCUAUAGUGAUGAAGUUGGUGAAGUUGGUGGUGCUGUUAGUUAUGAGAAGAAAUCUUCUGAAGUAGUAGAGGAUGAUUCGAAGGUUGACUGUGUUGGGGAUGAUAUUGGCGAGGUUCUUCCUCGAAGGAGUAUCAUUACUCGUUUGAAGUCUGUUGCAAGGAAGAAGAGUAAAUCUCAUUCCACUGUUAAACAGGCAAGGGAAACUUGUGCAUCUGGUAGUAAUGAUGAUGUAGAUGAUUCUGUUGAGACUAAGCAUGUUGUGGUAUGUGUUUAUAUUCUUAAGUAUAAUAAAAAAAAAUGUUCAUAUGUUGAUGUUACUGUAAUCGGGUUCACAUUCGGGGGAUUGUGUUUGUUUUAUUUUUAUCGUUAUGUUUUUUUGUUCUUAAAGUGUUAUGUUUCUCUAUAUUUGGUUAUGUUACAGGUAGAUAAGUAGUUUGUUUUGCCUAAUGUUUAGUUUUGAGUGUAUAACGGGUUACCUUAGUGAAUGUAUUGUCUUUUUAU